AUGUCUUCUCCGUUAGAUGAGCUCGCUGAUGUCUUCAUUACAUCACAAAGUCCUUUUAUGGGAGCUCAGAAGGGAAUUAAUGGACAGGAAGGACAGCAGAACCAGCAAAGCGUUGUAGGCGAAACACCAUGUGUGCUCGGGGGCGAGGAAACAGCGAUCAGUUCCUCCGCAGGUUUCGCCUACGCUUACUCGCCUGGCAAAACGUUCGGGCCAGCUUCGAGUGAUCCAACAGAUAUAGCGGCUGCUGCUUCUGCGCGAGAGGCCGAUGAUGCCUUCGGGGAUUGGACUUCUGCACCGCAAGUCACGCAUCCCAUACAGCAGCAAUGUCAGCAACAACAGCAGCAGCAGCAAAACAGCGUGACCUCGGGAGCGCAAGACUUUCGAGCAACAAACGUUUCACUCCAGUCGAGUGUCUCGGGGUCUUUUGCCGAGUUGCUGGAGCCCAACAUCAACAGCAACACCAGCACUUCAGGCGUCUUACAGCAAAGCCCACGUGUCCCGCUGGAUGAACAGGCACAACUGGGCGCUGCUCCUGAUCCCAGAGAUGCUACUCCUCGCGAUUGUGGUGACGCGUUUGUUGCGCUCGGUGCUGCUCCUCCGGGUAGUCUUGCUAGAGCUGCUUCCUUUGGUGUUGCUGCUGCGUCUGCAACAGCAACAGGCCCCCAUCCACGGGCCUCUCAAGAACAAUAUGUGGCUACCAGAUCGGAUCCAUCCGAAGCCCUAAAGGAAACCACAGCAGGCGCCGCAGGAAUCGCAGUGUCAGGUUCGCUGGGGCCAAGACCAGCGUCGGCAGCAGCAACAACGGAGCGCGGAGGAGUCGGAGGAAUGUCUGAGAGUGAAUACGUCCACCCUUAUUCCACGGGUUCAUCAAGCUCUGGGUUUUCGAAGCCUCGUUCGGCUGUUUCAGGAGUUCCUUCGCCUGCUUCAGGACAUCAAAGUUUGUCUUCAGACGCACUAGAAGCUCCAGUGGUCGGAGCGCCGGCUACAGCGGCUGCUCCAGUACCAGCCACGUUUCCUGCUUCGACGAAUUCCCCAGUUUUCACUGCUGGCGCUUCUACAACUUCGCCUCCAACCACUCUGAAUUUGGCAUCUGUGCAAGAUCGUGAAUCUUCUAAAAAAUGUGCAACUGAAUGUUUGCAGCCGAGUGGCCCAGCAACUAAGGCUGCAUAUGCGUCAGAAGAAGUCACGGGCUUUACCGGAGGAUCCAACGACUCAGCCCCUGAGGUGAGUACUUCAAGGGAUAUGACAGGAAAUAAGGCAGAGAUGAGUACAGCCGAUUUCGCAGUGACAACUGAUCAGGCAUGUGAGGCGGCACCAGCUCCGACAGCCACACCUGUCGGGAUAUCCGGGGAAUACCGAGACUGUGCACAUCUAGAAACAGAAGCCAGUGGUCCGCUGCCGUCGCCGCGAGCAGAAAAGGCAAAUGCAUCGGCGACAGCAACGGCAGCUGAUGCUGAAAGGUCAGCACAAGAGGCAGAAACAGCGGCAGCGCCUCAAACUGGGACAAUGUGUGAUUGGGAGGCGGUGGAGAAGCUGAGCCAGAAGUACCGCCAACUAAAGAAGCAGAAUGCGUUGCUAAAGGAGGCCCUGCGUCAGCAGCAGCAACAGCAGCAGCAAGGGCAGAAACAGCCCCAACAGCAGCAACAGCAACAAGAAGAGCCUCUAGGGCUCGUGAGCCAACUGCAGCAGCAGGUUGCUUUGGGGGAGUUUCGACAGCGCCAGUUGCUGGAUGACCUAGAUACUGCGCAGCGUGAAUUAAAAAGACAGCAGCAGCAACUGCAGCAGCAGCAGCAGCAACUGCAGCAACAACACCUGCUGUUACUGAAGACGGGAGCAGCGAACCCUUCAUCAGCAGGAGGCCCGGGAAGUAGUUGGGGGCUAUCAUUGCUUGGGGGUGGCAGCGCAGCAGCCAAAGAUGCCGAGCUGAAGGCUCUGCAGCAGCAAGUAGAGGUACUGGGCGAAGAGCUUCAGCUCAAGAUAGAAGAAAAUGAGCGACUGCAUCUGGAAGCCUUUGAGGAGAGGCAGCAACAGCAGCAACAGCAACAGCAGCUCGAAGCCACGAUACGGCUUUUGCAGCAACAGCAGGAGGCAGCGCAACAGCAGCAACAACAGCAAACCGCUGACUACGCAGAGCAACAGAGAGAGUAUGAGAGACUGCAGCAGCAGCAAGUGGAAAAGAUGAGGCAGCUCCAGCAGGAGCUCGAGAACGCACACACCCAGCAGCAACUAUUGCUAAGACAGGCAGUGGAAGACCGAGAGCAACUGCUGCUUCGGGAGCAGCAGCAACAACAAGAGCAGCAGCAGGCUGUUGCAUAUUACAGCACCCUCCUUGGCUGCGACUACUCACGGAUUCCACUGCUGCACUGCCUCGACCUUCCCUCAGGGGGGUGUGCCGCUGCUGCUGCUACCGCUGCUGCAGCACAGGAGGAACUGCUUCGGCUGAUUGUCGCCUCACUAGGAGAUUUACGGCACUUGCUGUUGUGCUGGGCAGCAGGUCUGGAGGUGUCGGCAGGAGCAACAGAUCAAGGCGGAGAGGGGCUCCCACCGUCAGAUGAAGAAGGCGCUUUGUCUGAUGCCGAUACACCCGCCAACCGCCUGCCCCACUCUCUUGGCCUUUCCUGGCGCGUCCGAACUGCAACUCGGCAGGCACGCCGAGCUGCCUUCGAUUCAGUGGCAUCCAUUACGGCUAUCUGUUCUUUGCUCGAACACGCGGCUGCUGCUGUUGCUGUCGCUAGUGCUGAGCCUCUGACCCGGCGGGCCAACAGCAACCUGGAUAUUUGUUCAGGCAAGAUACAGGAAGAAACAAGAAGGUUCGGCGUUGCUUUUUCGUGUUUCAUCUCCUUGACUCUCCUGGCAGUCUCUUUGCAGCACGACGCCCUCAAUGGCCCCCAGCAGCACCAGCGGCAGCAGCUAGAUGCAAAGCAUGGCGAACACCGCGGUAGUAACGUGGACCCGUUCAUGGCUUGUCUGGAAGACUUACAGAGAGAUGCUGCAGCGCUUAGCGCUGUCGCCGCUGCUGCAUUUGAAUAUAUGGGAGAGCAACCCAGCAGCAGCGGUGACGAUGGCACUGCAGCAUACACCGAUGCUCUCUCGGAGAAGCAUUUUCUGACCUUGACAGCUGUUCUUACUAAUUCAAAGUUAGAGCACGACGAGAAGAAGCUCCUUGUUGCUGAGAAGUGCCAGCAGCAACAAAACCAGAAUGGGGAUCUGCAGAGUCGGUUGCAGCAAGAGUUAAGGAUGCCCCCUCUUACCUUGUCGCCUUCUAAAUCAGUUCAUGCGCAGCAUCAGGGGAAGAAAGGGCGGCAGUUGGAUCUAUCAACGCUAUUUCCAUGGCGUGGUGGUUCGCCUUUAACUUUUCAACUGGAGCAAACGGAGGAGGAUGUACCACAUCAGUCUGAAUGCAGCAAAUGGCUGCACCAGUUAAGGAGUAACAGGGGCGCAGCGUCAGCUGGAAUUACCUUAUCUGAAUGGCGUGGAGCGGCAGAAGCAAAGAAAGAGCGACUGCUACAGCUUUUUUUUGAUCAGUUGAAGACGGUUUUGCAGACCUUCCGUAAUAUGGCUGUCUGUCUCUCUGGCCGCAUGCGUCGUCCCGCAGACCUAGUUGAUGGACAACUGCUACUGCUGUCCGGAGGCAUGCAAUGCCUCUCCAACAUUCGCGCCAUCCUCCUGAACUGUGGCCAGAAAAUUUCGACACGAGAUGCGAGGCAAGUCUUCAGCAAGCGCCAGGCGGCAGAAGCCGAAGUCGCCGCCGCUGCGGCUGAUGUACGUUUACUAGAGGAGCGCGUCGCCGAAGCAAACAAAGCCGCUUCUCAGCUGCGAGAAGCAAAAGUGGCCGUCGCGCUGCUCCAGGCUGAAGUUGCGAGGCUGAGGGGAGGCGCCUGUAGCGCCGCUACGAGCUUUACCACUGAAACAUCUCCUACAAGGAGCGGUAGCAGCCGCUGCUCCACGCAUCUUGAAGGUGGCGCAGGAGGGCUGCCUGUGCUUGCCGACGUUCCUGUCGCUGCAGAGUCUUCUGCAGCUGUUGCUUCUAAGGGAUCUAGUAGUCAAGGUGAUCCUGUUGUCAAGGGACUGGCGUUGCUGGCCGGCCCAACCACAGCAGAUGCAGCAGCUUUCAUAGCUAAGGAAGCAGAUUUGGCCAGCAUGGCUUUUGACGUCUCUGCUGAAGAGCAAAGAAGCGUGUAUGCGGAGGAGCUGCUGCUGUUACAGCAGAAACUGCACGCGGAAGCAGCAGCCCUCGCUGUACUCAGGAUGCAACUCAGCAGCGCCUUCAAGGCUGUUCAUGCGCUUGAGGACCAGCGUGCUGCCCUGCGCCAGCCUCUGCGUGAUGUCGCUACAGUAGGCAUGCAAUGCCUCUCCAACAUUCGCGCCAUCCUCCUGAACUGUGGCCAGAAAAUUUCGACACGAGAUGCGAGGCAAGUCUUCAGCAAGCGCCAGGCGGCAGAAGCCGAAGUCGCCGCCGCUGCGGCUGAUGUACGUUUACUAGAGGAGCGCGUCGCCGAAGCAAACAAAGCCGCUUCUCAGCUGCGAGAAGCAAAAGUGGCCGUCGCGCUGCUCCAGGCUGAAGUUGCGAGGCUGAGGGGAGGCGCCUGUAGCGCCGCUACGAGCUUUACCACUGAAACAUCUCCUACAAGGAGCGGUAGCAGCCGCUGCUCCACGCAUCUUGAAGGUGGCGCAGGAGGGCUGCCUGUGCUUGCCGACGUUCCUGUCGCUGCAGAGUCUUCUGCAGCUGUUGCUUCUAAGGGAUCUAGUAGUCAAGGUGAUCCUGUUGUCAAGGGACUGGCGUUGCUGGCCGGCCCAACCACAGCAGAUGCAGCAGCUUUCAUAGCUAAGGAAGCAGAUUUGGCCAGCAUGGCUUUUGACGUCUCUGCUGAAGAGCAAAGAAGCGUGUAUGCGGAGGAGCUGCUGCUGUUACAGCAGAAACUGCACGCGGAAGCAGCAGCCCUCGCUGUACUCAGGAUGCAACUCAGCAGCGCCUUCAAGGCUGUUCAUGCGCUUGAGGACCAGCGUGCUGCCCUGCGCCGUGAGCUUCGUCGCUCGAAGGAAGCAGGAGCGGCUGCAGCUGCUGCUGCUGUUGCUGCUGCAACAGAAACAGCAGCAAGCGCUCGCCUGGCAGAGGAAAACUACUCCCAACAGUUGCGGCUUUUGUCUCUCCACGUAGCCGAGACACAUGAGAAGAGCAAAGAGAAGCAGAAAGAGCUGGAGGAUCUUUUGAAACACAAAAUACUCUGCGGACGAUGCGGAGUUUGGAACCCCCUCAGUGACCUGCUGGUAGAAGGCCAGUCCUGGGGUUCUUGCGCGAUGUGUCGAGGCAGAGUGACUGAGCGCCCAUUCUGA